UUCUUUUCGUUUAGAUCAUAAUAAAAUACGAGAUCUGUAUUUCUUAGGCGCAUCAGACCUCAGCAUCGAUGUAUUUUCACUUAAUCACAACCAACUACAGUCGGUAUACAUUGAAGCAUCCCCAGAUACAUUAAAAGUAGGCAGUAACGGACUGUCAAACUGGAAUAACAUCCACUUCAGUCAGUACAGAAACACGAUGAAAAGAAUGGACAUGAGCAACAACUCAUUCGACUCCUUGAUUCAACCAAACUGGGCCGAAGGGCUGGAGUUCUUAAACGCCGAUACCAACCUGCUGGCAAACCUGUCCUCGACAACCCUGUCAGGAUUUGUCGAUCUGACUGAACUGCAUGUAGCCAAUAAUCGUCUCUUGUUCAUCUCAUCCACUGCACUGAGUCAACUCACCAUGCUAAGGUCACUGUAUCUCGACGACAAUGCCCUGACGUCUUUGUUUGGGGUAUUUUUCAACCAGUCUAUCUUGUUUGAGCUGUCCAUCACCAACAACCGACUCACCACGUUAAAUUCUGAUUACUUCAUGGGUCUGGUGUCGUUGAAGCGUCUGUACCUCGCAGGGAAUCAACUCACUAGCGUUUACAUGCUGAUGUUUCAACUGGUGCCUGAAAUUAUAAACUUGGACUUAUCCCAAAAUGAGCUUCAGCUGGUCGACCUGCAGGACUGUGCUCUUAUUAAUCUUACAAACCUACAGGAUCUCUCACUGGCUCACAAUCUGAUUCAUGAUGCAGAAACUAUCUUGGGUUUCUGUGAUUACUUGCAAGUACUGGAUAUGAGUUAUAACUUGAUCCAAGUCGUGCCUGGUGAUUCGCUAUCUGGGAGAAAUAGAGCUUUGUCCAAACUCGAGCUAGAAGGUAACCCACUGCAGUGUGACUGUAGGCUCACAGGUCUACGAGACUGGCUGCGUAACAAUCCACCAUACGUUGAGCCUCGAUGUGAAGGACCGAAUCAUUACUAUGGGUCAGUGAUAACAGACUUGGACAGUCAUGACUUCUUAUGUCAAGCACCGAUGGCGAUGGUGGACAAGCAGCUAACAGCCCUGACUGGAAAAUCUGUGACUCUUACAUGUACAGCUACUGGCAUUCCUGCUCCGACCGUAACUUGGCUCUCACCAAACGACACAGAGAUAACUCAUGAGUGGCAAGGAAGAUUCGCCAUUCUGCGAGGACAAAUUCUGCAUAUCACACCAGUGGAGAAACAUGACGAAGGGAGGUACACAUGUCUUGCUCAAAACAUCUUGGGUGAAGGGAGAGCCGAGGUCAACCUUACAGUGACUACCUCUAAAUCAGACGCCCCACAGCCGCACUCACUGGCUUCUUCCGUUCUCCCCACAAUGUUUAUCACCAUUAUAAUAACGGUUGCUGUAUUUGCUGGUAUCAUAUUCCUCCGUCGGUAUCGCAAGAAACAGCAAGAAGCCAACUCCGCAUCUGCAGCUAAAACCUCCAAUCUGAAAGUUGGCUUCCGUAAAGGUGACAACGAUGACUCGGAGGGAGAUUGUGUGAACAAAGCCCUUGAGGAACAAAGCUAUGAGGUUCCAAGUGGACAGAAGACCACAAGUAGAUAUGCGAACAGUUCUGCUACAGGGCGUCUCCAACCAUCUCAGACCUAUGCUCAGACCUAUGAAAAUACUAGUGGAGGCAACGGAGAGAACAAAGGAGAUGAAGAAGUGUAUGAAAGUGUGUCUGGCCCUUAUACAUGUUAUGCAGGAGAGAAGGAAACAAUGGGAUCCCCUGAAUGGACACUGUUUCUUUGUUGUCUUGGUGUCUGUAUCGUCAUCUCUCAGUCGUCAACGUGCAGUCAUGCGCAGUGUGUUUACGACCACGUCACUGCAAAGGCUGACUGCUCCUCACUCAAUCUUGACUGCAUCCCCGUCAACUACCCACACGCCCUCAGUAUGGAUCUACGGCACAACAUCAUAUCAGAGCUGUCGCCAGACGAUUUCAUUGGCACUUUCUCCAGGCUGGCUGAAUUGUACCUUGACUACAAUGACAUAUCUGAUGUGACGUCACUGCUGGGAUCCAAUGAGAUGGGAAGACUACAGAAGCUGUCUGUGAAGCACAAUGUCAUUUCUUAUUUGCCUACAACCUGCCAGCUCAGCUCUCUUAAAGAACUCUCAGUAGACCAUAAUUCAAUUACAAGUCUAUCAGGAAUUCCACGAUGUGGAGAGUUGGAGCGUUUCUCUGCUGAUUUUAACUUGAUAAGUUAUUUACAUUUUAUCUAUCUGUCAAAUAUUAUUGUAAGUAUCCAGUUCAACCAACUGAAAACCAUUAAUAGUGAUUUAGAUUAUGGUAACGGGAACGUUAGCUUAUUUUUGGAUCACAAUAAAAUUUCACGUAUUCAUUUACAUUACUGGCACAGUUUAGAAGCCGUUACAUUUAAUACAAUUUCACUGAACGACAACCGACUACAGAGGGUACACUUUCAUUUCUGCCCAAGACAAAUUGACAUAGGUAGCAAUAGAUUACAACAUUUGGGUGGGUUUUCUAUAAUUCGUCGUCACAGAGACAAGGUAAAGAGACUGGACAUAAGCAACAACUCAUUCGAUUCCUUGAUUCAACCACCUUGGGCCGAAGGGCUGGAGUUCUUAAACGCCGAUACCAACCUGCUAGCAAACCUGUCCUCGACAACCCUGUCAGGAUUUGUCGAUCUGACCGAACUGCAUGUAGCCAAUAAUCGUCUCUUGUUCAUCUCACCCACUGCACUGAGUCAACUCUCCAUGCUAAGGUCACUGUAUCUCGACGACAAUGCCCUGACGUCUUUGUUUGGAGGAGUAUUUUUUAACCAGUCUAACUUAUUUGAGCUGUCCAUUACCAACAACCGACUCACCACGUUACAUGCUGAUUACUUCAUGGGUCUGUUGUCGUUGAAGCGUCUGUACCUCGCAGGGAAUCAACUCACUAGCGUUAACUCAAAGAUGUUUCAACUGGUGCCUGACAUUCUUACCUUGGACUUAUCUCGAAAUGAGCUUCAGCUGGUCGACCUGCAUGACUGUGCCUUUCAUCUUACAAACCUACAAAAUCUCUCACUGGCCCACAAUCUGAUUCAUGAUGCAGAAACUAUCUUGGGUUUCUGUGAUAACUUGCAAGUACUGGAUCUGAGUUAUAACUUGAUCCAAGUCGUGCCUGGUGAUUCGCUAUCUGGGAGGAAUAGAGCAUUGUCCCAACUCGAGCUAGAAGGCAACCCACUGCAGUGUGACUGUAGGCUCACAGGUCUACGAGACUGGCUGCGUAACAAUCCACCAUACGUUGAGCCUCGAUGUGAAGGACCAACACAUCACUAUGAGUCGGUGAUUUCAGACUUGGUGAUUCAUGCUCUCUCAUGUCAACCACCAAGGGCGAUGGUGGACAACAAGCAGCUGAUAGCCCUAGAUGGACAAUCUGUGACUCUUAAAUGUACAGCUACUGGCAUCCCUGCUCCAACCUUAAAAUGGCUCUCACCAAACGACACAGAGAUAACUCAUGACUGGCAAGGAAGAUUCGCCAUUCUGCAAGGACAAAUUCUGCAUAUCACACCAGUGGAGAAACGUGACCAAGGGAUGUACACAUGUCUUGCUCAAAACAUUUUGGGUGAAGGGAGAGCUGUGGUAAACCUUAAAGUGACCAUAGUGACCGUGGAGGUAGGAUUCGUAACCAUGGAACCCCAUGCAAUGACUACCACUAAAUCUGACGCCCCAUCACCACAGCCACACUCAAUGGCUUCUUCCGUACUCCCCACAAUGUUUGGCACCGUUAUAAUAACGGUUGCUGUAAUUCUCCGUCGGUAUCGCAAGAAACAACAUAGCCGAAAAGCAGUCUACACACCUAUAACUAAAACCUCCGACCAAGUUGACGUCUGUAAAAGUGACACAACUGACUCGGAGGGAGGUGUUGUGAACAAGGCCCGGACGAAUUUCUAUGAGAUUCCAAGUGAACAUCAGACCGGUAGGUAUAUGAACAGUCCUGCAACAGGGCGUCGCCAACCAUCUCAGACCUACGCUCAGACCUAUGAGGGUCCUAGUGGAGGCAACGGAGAGAACAAAGGAGAUGAAGAAGUAUAUGAAAGUGUGUAUGUCUAGUUUGGAAAACGGCGCUGGCUUUGUACACAAAAGACAAAAACGCUGCAUGUUUUAAAAGAUUGUGCACAACAUUAUUGGUAAAAUUGAAAAUAUAAAGGUUCGCAGUCUUGAAUUAUAAAGAUGGUGGGCAACUCGCCUUGUUAUAGGUAAUAUUUGCUUGUAAUUCAAUAGUAAAUUCUCGAAUGUAAAUUUGAGAAUAUAAAUACAUUUAUAGGCUACGUAGUUACAUGGUUAAGUUUCGAGUAAAGGAUCGAAUGACGUCAUUUGUUGAUAUAAAUUCUUUUCAGCUGCUAUAUAUCUACAUCAGAGAGGAAUGUAACUGCUAUUAAAUCUUAUAAUCAAGUCUAUAAAAAGUAAGCUUAAUAAAUUUAGUUUGUAAUUUUUGUUCAAGAGUUAGGCCUAUCUUUGUAUUUACUUUCCCGUUUACAUUAUUUUCUUACCCGGAAAUAUUAUCAGCCUAAGCACGUAUUUUUUAGAAGCUGUAACAUGUAUAUUAUUUGGUGCUGAUUGGUACAACAACCUGGUCAGAAGUUACCUACCAGGUCAGAAGUGACCUGGAUUCGAUUCCCGAGGCCUGACACAUUUCCGGGUCAGGUUGACACGUACCGGGUCAGACUGACCCUGUAAGUGGUUAACAUGGAAUUCUAACACGGAUUCUGCAUCAGUUUGACCACUUUUUGGGUUGGAUUCUGCGUCAGUUUGACCACUUUCUGUGUUACUUUGCUAACGUUCCCGGUCAUAUUGACCCAGAAAUGGGUCAGGCCAAACGGGGCUAGAAUCCGGGUCAAUUCUGACUAGGAAGUUUUUAUAGUGUUUCAUAGUGAGUCCACAUUGGCGGCAAAGUGGCUUUGGGUGCUACUGUGGGUGCCUUAAAUUGUGACCACGUUGUUGAUCAAGCCUCAGUCGCCAAUUCGGACUUAUUUUGUAACACCUCGAUUGUCUAUGGUUCUAAUUGUAUAAUGGAGUUGGAGUUAUAAAUGACCAAGUUUUCCGUGCUUAGGAGCAGAUUGCUUCCAAGUCUCAAUUUUUUGUUUUGAUAUUCCGAAUGCUUCUCAGAUAAGCUAACCUACACUUCGUUGUAUAAUAGUGAGCAGCGGGUUGAACGGCAUAAAUCUGACCCACCAGAACAUGGUCCGCCAUUUUUGAGGAAAGGGUUGAAUCUAGAAUAGUGGACGUUUUCAGUAAUGAAAAUACUCACACAAAAACACAAAAUUUUAAUGGAUUUUAUGUGAAUCAUUAUGUGAAUCUUUAACAAAUAUAUUUCCAACCAUUAUUCAGUUCAAAACACUAACGCGUGUAAUAUCCCUAUCCAAACAAAGCGCCAAACCCGAAGGCAGUGUGCCCCCUAAUCAACCAGUGAUAGCUAUGCGAUACUUUUAAUAUAACUGCAUCACUUGGAAUUCUCAUCAGAAGGAAGUUCAAACUUUUUAAAAAACAACUUUGGUUUCAUUACUGCAUUCGUCUCUGAUGGGAGAAAUCCUUUUUUUGUUUUAACUGUAAAAGGGCUGGCCCAGGAAUUGAACCCUGGAGUUCUGAUGACAACCCCCCCCCCCCGUAAAAUAAUUGGUUUAAUUUAAUUUUCUCAAUCACACGAUCCACAUCUAUUGUGUUGUAAAUUAAAUGCUGUAAAUUAAGUAAUCUGAACUAUUAUUCAGAAGAUGGUGGUGGCAUAUUAAAAUACAUUAAAUUUA